AUGUUAAGAAUUACUUCCAAAAGAUUGUAUUCAUCAACUAGCAACUUAUUGAAGACUCCAUUAUAUGAAGCCCACAUAGAAUUAGGUGGUAAGAUGGUACCAUACGCUGGUUUUGAAAUGCCAGUAUUGUAUAAAGGUCAAUCUCAUAUUGAAUCUCAUAAUUGGGUGAGAUCAAAAGUUGGUUUAUUUGACGUUAGUCACAUGUUACAACAUAAUAUUAAUGGUAAAGAUGCUCAAAAAUUAUUACAAAAAAUAACUCCUAUUGAUUUAAACAAAUUGCCAGUUAACACAUCAAGCUUAUCAGUCUUGUUAAAUAAUAAUGGUGGAGUAAUUGAUGAUUGUAUCAUUACCAAACAUGGUGAAGAAGAUUAUUAUAUGGUGACUAAUGCUGGAUGUCGUGACAAAGAUAUCAAAUUCAUUAAAGAAGAGGCUAGUCAAUUCAAUAGUGUCAAUCACAAUACUUUUGAAGGGACAUUAUUAGCUAUUCAAGGUCCUAAAUCCCAAGAAAUAUUACAACAAUUUACCAAUGAAGAUUUGUCUAAAAUUUAUUUUGGUCAAACCAAAUUCUUGAAAUUAUCACCAAUUGGGGCAACAGUUCAUUUAGCUAGAUCUGGUUAUACUGGAGAAGAUGGAUUUGAAUUAUCAAUCCCAUCUACUACUCCAGAAGAAUCAAAACAAGCAUUGGAUUUCUUCUAUACUUUGAUUAAUGAAUAUCCUGAUGUGGUCAAACCAAUUGGGUUGGCAGCUAGAGACUCUUUGAGAUUAGAAGCUGGUAUGUGUCUUUAUGGCCACGAAUUAACUGAAGAAAUAACUCCAAUUGAAGCAUCAUUGACUUGGUUAAUACCAAAGACUCGUCGUGAUGAAAAUAAUGAUUUCAAUGGUGCUAGUAAAAUAUUACUGCAAAUCAAAGACAAAUCUUCAUUUACUCAUAGAAGAAUUGGGUUAACUUCAAAAGGACCAUCACCAAGAGACGGGAACAAGAUAUUUAAUGAAGAUGGAACCGUUGAGAUUGGAUAUGUGACAUCAGGAUCUCCAUCACCUACAUUGAGUGGGAAUGUUGCUCAAGCUUACAUUGAUAAGAAACAUAAAAUUGGAAAUAAAGUUAAAAUUGAGAUUAGAAAUAAAUUAAGAGAUGCUGUCAUAACGAAAUUGCCAUUUGUCCCAAGCAAUUUAUAUAAACCAUAG